AUGGAAAACGAAGAAUAUGCACCCAUGUCGGGAUCCAACUGUAUAUGCACGGUCACCGUACUUUUAGAAACCGGCAUGAUCCCUAUGAAGGAGCCCGUGACCGAGCUUACGCUUGACACUGCAGCCGGACUUGUCCAAGUGAGGGCUGAAUGCCGGGGAGGCAAAUGCAAGAGCGUCGCCUUUGAUAACGUCCCGUCCUUCGUGUUUCAGCUCGAUUACAAGAUUGACGUUCCUGGUAUCGGCACUGUGUCUGUCGAUAUCGCCUACGGAGGCAUGAUGUACAUACUCGUCGACGCGGGAUCACUUGGCCUGAGAAUCCGGAACGCCGAUGGCCCAAAGUUAGUCGAGGUCGGGGAGAAGAUCAAACAGGCAGUCAACGCAGCUUACACCCCGGCACAUCCCGAGAACCCCGAUAUCUUUGGCUAUAGUGUUCUCGCGUUCACUGAGCCUGUCGAAGAGCUUUCGGACGGAAGUGGCAAGACGGCUAUCAAUACAGUUGUUACUUCUCCGGGCAGAUUUGAUAGAAGCCCUUGCGGCACGGGUAGUUCUGCCCGUCUAGCUGUCUUACAUGCUCGAGGACAGAUUGCCGUCGGGGAGAAGUUUGUGCAUAGGAGUAUUCUGGGGACUGAGUUCAUCACCCAUAUUCGGGGGACGACCAAGGUCGCUGAUUAUCCGGCCGUUUUGCCAACUAUCCAGGGUCGGGCGUGGAUUACGGGUUAUCAGACGGUUGUGCUAGACUCGGAGGAUCCUUUCCCCCAAGGAUUCCGUGUUGGUGAUCAAUGGCGCUGUAAACUUUGA